CCCACUGCUAUCGAUUGUGCUCGCUCAGUCUCUCCCUGGGAGUUUGAAAACAAAGCAGGGGUGAACAGGCGAAAGAGCGCGUGUGCUGACUGAAUUCAGGGGCCGUGUCAACAGGCACAGAAGAACCCAUUCCUCUCUACGUGAGAAUACAAGUGUCAAGGAGACAGACAUAUACGAAUUGUCUCAUUUAGACACAAGAAGAGGCACAGACAAAAAUAGCCUAACCUAGUCCGGUGUGACACGCUGUAAUAACCCCGAUGACGGGUAAUCUGAUUAGCGCGCAGAGCAGUGUAAGUGUUUGUGUGCCGUCUCUUUCCGUGCCGGCUGAGGCUCAUUGAGCAGACCAACAGUACAUCUCAUCGUGGGGCGUCGGUGCGCAUUUGGUACCGCGCCGGUGGUUGUACCUGACCAUGGUGACGUACGGGAAAGCCGCCGUUUUUGUUCUGCUCUCAUGGAUGUUUCAAUGUUCUGGUGCGUCGCCGUUUCCCUCUUCUCAAGUGAUUAAGGAGUGGGUGGACCAGAUGCAGCAGGACCUGGUGACUCUGGCGGAUACUGCAAGUGGGGGGAGGAGCUUGGCAAAGAUCUUCCAGGAUAACAGGCAACAUUUCACCGUGGAGACCAACCACGCCGCCCAAUUGGUGGCCAGCGCAGCCCGUAACAUCGAGAGCCUCCUCGUCAAGAGAGCAAAGGCCCUGGAGAAUCUUGCUGAAAGGGCGGAGGAAAUUCAAGAGGCACAUAAGUGGAAAGACGAAUUCCCGAAAGAUGACGUAGAUUACUACAAUGCCAAGGCCAUUUUUGAUGGUAAUGAAACAGACGGACUUAAAAACAGGACCAGACCGGAUUUCAAAUACGAUGCCCAGUUUGGAAGGGACACUUCUUACAAUCUCUCGGCAGUGCAUAUCCCUACGGACAUAUAUGAAGGCGCUACUAUUGUCCGCAAUGAGCUGAACUGGACAAAGGCUCUGGAUGAGGUGUUCAAGAAGAACCGGGAGGAGGACCCCACUAUCCUUUGGCAGGUGUUCGGCAGCGCCACAGGAAUCGCACGUUAUUAUCCAGCCUCACCUUGGAUGGAUGCUCUCAGGACGCCCAACAAGAUAGACCUCUACGAUGUCCGCCGCAGGCCAUGGUAUAUACAGGGAGCUGCUUCACCUAAGGACAUGCUGAUACUGGUUGAUGCGAGUGGAAGUGUUUCUGGUUUGACUCUGAAGCUGAUCCGCACCUCCGUCAGCGAGAUGCUGGAGACCUUGUCUGAUGACGACUAUGUCAACGUGGUCUUUUUUAACACCCAUGUCAACAACACGGCCUGCUUCGACCGCCUGGUCCAGGCCAACGUGCGCAACAAGAAGAUCCUCAAGGAUGCGGUGCAGAACAUCACGGCCAAGGGCAUCACUAAUUACACCAAGGGCUUCGAGUUUGCCUUCGAGCAGCUUAGACGGGAAAACAUUUCUCGGGCAAACUGCAACAAGAUCAUCAUGCUCUUCACUGAUGGAGGAGAAGAGCGGGCAUCGGAGGUCUUUGAGAAGUAUAACCGUGACAAGGAGGUGAGAGUGUUUACGUUCUCUGUGGGGCAGCACAACUAUGACACUGGACCUAUACAGUGGAUGGCCUGUUCCAACAAAGGAUACUUCUUUGAGAUUCCAUCCAUUGGAGCAAUCCGUAUCAACACUCAGGAGUAUUUGGACGUCCUUGGUCGGCCCAUGGUGCUGGCAGAUAAAGCAGGCAAGCAGGUCCAGUGGACUAAUGUCUACCUGGAUGCAUUGGAACUUGGCCUGGUGAUCACAGGCACGCUUCCCGUCUUCAACAAGACACACUCUCAUGAGGAGGGCAUGCAGAGCCAGCAAAGUCAACUGAUCCUGGGAGUGAUGGGAGUGGAUGUGUCUCUGGACGACAUCAAGAGACUGACACCCAACUUCACUCUCGGCCCUAAUGGAUACUACUUUGCCAUCGAUCCCAACGGAUACGUGUUGCUGCAUCCCAACCUGCAGCCUAAGAAUCCAAAAUUCCAGGAGCCGGUCACCUUGGAUUUCCUUGAUGCUGAACUAGAAAAUCCCAACAAAGUGGAGAUAAGGAGACGGAUGAUCGAUGGGGAGACAGGGGAAAUGACCAUAGACACACUGGUGAAGUCAUCUGAUGAGAGGUAUAUCGACAGGGGUGUGAGGACAUACACUUGGACCCAGGUCAACGGCACUGAUUAUAGUUUGGCCCUUGUUUUGCCCGAGUACAGUCAGCAUUACAUCAAAGCCAACCUGGGUGAAACUAUCCAACAGGCCCAAUACUCCCAUUCCCUCUCCACAGUCUCCGAGACGAUGCAGGUGGAGAAAUUUGAGGAGUACGGCUACACCAUCAUAGCACCCAGGGAAUACUGCAAAGACAUGAAGCACCAGCAUAACGACACAAAGUUCCUUCUGGAAUUCAACGACUACAUCGACAGGAAGACCCCCAGUGACCCCAUGUGUAACGUGACGCUGGUGAACCGGCUGCUUCUAGAUGCUGGCCUCACUGCAGAACUGGUUAAGCUGUGGAGUGAACAGACUCUAGAUGGCGUCUUGGCCCAGUUCGUGGUUACAGAUGGAGGGAUCACGCGCGUCUACCCAAAGAGUGCUGGCGAAGACUUGAGUGUGACCUACGAGUCUAGCUUUUACAAGCGCAGUCUGGACAAUGAUAUCUACAUAUUCACCGCCCCAUACCCAAACAGUUACGAGUCCGGCAUCAUGGUCAGCAGGGUGGUGGAUGUCAACAUUGAUGGUGUGAUCCUCAAGCCUGCCGUGGUGGGGGUGAAGUUGAACGUCUCCGCAUGGAUGAACAUCUUUAUCAACGCCACCGUUAAGAAAGAUUGCAAAGAAGAAAUAUGUGGCUGCCUAAGGAACGAUAAGCAAGUGGACUGUGUCUUACUGGAUGAUGGGGGCUUCCUCCUCAUGUCCAAUCAGGACGAGUACAUUGCUCAGAUUGGACAGUUUUUCGGGGAGGUGGACCCAACUCUGAUGAUCAGCUUGGUGAACAAGUCCCUCUACUCCUUUAAUAAAACCUAUGACUACCAGUCCAUCUGUGACCCUGAGAGAGACACCAAGGCAGCUGCAGGAACCAGAUCUGUCUAUGUGCCCACUAUCGCCGACAUCUUGAGUAUAGGAUGGUGGGCCUCCGCCGCUGCCUGGUCAAUUCUGCAGCAGUUAAUCCUGAGCCUGACACUGCCGCGCUCCUCCGAUGCUGUAUUCUCAGAAGAUGGCGACGGGUUCUCCAAAGAAAGCUGCAUCACGGAACAGACCCAGUACUUCUUUGAGAACGGCAACGACACGUUCACAGGCAACCUGGACUGCACAAACUGCUCCAGGAUGUACCUGGCCAAGAAGCUCCCCAACACCAACCUGGUGUUCCUGAUCUCUGAUGCCAAGAGCACCUGCCCCUCCUGUGACUCCACCAAGGCCUUGAAGCAGGCGGAGCAGCCCUCUACUGGACCCGAUCCUUGUGAGCUGGCGCUCAACCCUCGCUAUCGGAAAGGACCGGAUGUCUGCUUCGACAACGACGUUAACGAGGAUGACUCUGACUGUGGUGGAGCCAGCAACCUGAUCCCAUCCCUCUGGCUCACAAUAGGACUGCAACUUGCCAUGCUUUGGCUGCUCACAAUGCCUACGCAAUACUCAUCCUGACCCUGAGACACCAGACACACACAUACACCAGACACACAAACACACACACGCUCAAACACACACACACACGCACGCACGCACGCAUGCACACACACACACGCACGCAUACACACACACACACACACGCACAUACUUAAACACACACGCAUGCACACACACACACAGACACAUCUCUACUUAUGAAGAGAAAGUCAUCAUCUGGGCAUGUACGUAUGUGGGACAUUGCCCCCUCCUUUGUCAGAAGUUCUGCUGAAGUCUUCACUUCAAUCUUAACCAACUGGUCCAAACUGGUGCUUUUAGUACUGGUUGGCUUUGCUAAGUACCGGUUUUUAACUGGUCAUCACUGCCCUUUAACGGUUCUACAUCUCGCCAUUAUAUUUUUGUCUUUUUUCGAUUCACAAUUUCUCAUUUGAAAUGAAUGAUGAGGGUCUGAUGUAGUCUGUUAUAUACUGCCACACCGAUAAUUAUUUCGACCAAUUGAGAUCUAGAGCUCUUAGGAUAAAAGACAAAUAAAAAAAAAACAGGCAUUUUAUGUGAAAUCAGUUUCAACCUUUCAAACCAAUGGUUUAUGGAUGCAGAACUAUUCCACAGGGUUAAAACUACUGUAAUUUAAAGGGAACAAUAAUGUAUGG